AUGCCCAUCACCACCAAAUCACAGCCCCUUUACUUUGCCCAAAGUCUCUCAGGAAUCCUUCAUUUCUUAAUCUUCUUAUUCCCUUCUCAAGCCACUACUCAUCAUCUCAUUCACCGCGAUUCCCCUUUAUCUCCCUUCUACGACCCUUCAAGCACCCACUUUGAUCGUUUGCACAAUGCUUUCCAACGUUCGUUCAAGCGCAUCAACCAUUUCAAAGUUGCUGCUGCUAACCCUAACCAUGGCACCAUACAGGUCCCUAUGAAACCUGGAGGUGGAGAGUAUCUCAUGAAGAUUUCCUUUGGAACUCCACCUGUUGAGGUAAUUGGCAUAGCUGACACUGGUAGUAACCUUAUCUGGACACAAUGUUUGCCAUGCAUACAAUGUUAUAACCAAACUAUUCCUCUCUUUGACCCUCGUCAUUCCAAAUCAUACCACACAGUACCAUGCCAAUCCAAAGUUUGUAACAGUACAACAGAUUCAGAAAAUGCAAAAUGUCAGAAUAAGACCACAUGUGACUAUAGUUAUUCUUAUGCAGAUGGUUCUCACACUGCUGGCAACCUUGCUUUUGAAACCCUAACCUUAGGCAUAAGCAACCCAAUUUCUCUUCCAAAUGUUGUAUUUGGUUGUGCACACGACACUGCUGGCAUAUUUGAUGCAUCAGGGUCAGGCAUAAUCGGUCUUGGUAGUGGCAAACUUUCACUGAUUUCUCAAAUGGCUACUCAUUUACCCGGUGGCAAAAAAUUCUCCUAUUGUCUAAUUCCCACUACCAUGAACAAGAACUCCACAAGCAAAAUUAAUUUUGGAAACGAUUCUUUGGUUUCUGGUCCUCAAGUCGUUAGAACUCCUCUUAUUAUAGCAGAUCAGGGUCUGUUUUCACUCACAUUGGAGGCCUUCAGUGUAGGAAAAGAGAGGAUUAAAUUUCCACCCACGGGUGACACAACGACUGUUCCUAAUACCGAAGGAAAUGUGAUCAUUGAUACUGGGACAACAUUUACUCUUUUGCCAAGUGAUGUGUAUACUGGUUUGGUAAAUGCUUUAAGUAAAGUUAUAAAGGCUAAAAGGGUGAGUGACCCCAACGGUGAUCUUCACCUUUGUUAUGAAAGCAAUGGCGAUGACAUGAAGCUUCCCAUUAUCACAGCACAUUUUAAGGGUGGAGAUGUGAAUUUGCAGCCAGUGAAUACGUUCUCUUGGGUGAAGAAGGAUGUGGUAUGUUUAACAAUGGUUUCAGAUGAUGACGUAAGUCUCAUGGGAAACUUGGCUCAGACCAAUUUCUUAGUAGGAUAUGACCUUGAGGCUCGCACUUUGUCCUUUUUGCCAACUGAAUGUGCCAAGUGA